UUCGCUGUGAAAGUGAGUGUGGCAGCAGGAGAGGCGGAGUGAGCUGCACUGCUUCAGCUCCUUCAACCGCCCUCCCUCAGCUCACGCACAUACACAGACACGGGGGGCUAGGCUCACUCCACCUGACUCUCCCCUUCCAUUCACCGACCUCUGACAGCCGCUUAGACCGCUAUGACGUCUCGUAGGUGGUUCCACCCCAACAUCACUGGCAUAGAGGCAGAGCACCUCCUUCUGACACGAGGUGUCCAUGGCAGCUUCCUAGCCAGACCCAGCAAGAGCAACCCAGGAGACUUCACUCUGUCUGUCAGACGGAAUGAUGAGGUCACCCACAUUAAGAUCCAGAAUUCUGGGGACUACUAUGACCUUUACGGAGGAGAGAAGUUUGCAACUCUGGCCGAGCUGGUGCAGUACUACACGGAGCAGCAUGACCUUCUGCGGGAGAGGAAUGGAGACAUCAUCGAGCUCAAAUACCCCCUCAACUGCAAGGACCCUACAUCUGAGAGGUGGUACCAUGGGCAUCUGUCGGGGAGGGACGCGGAGAAGCUCCUCACAGAAAAGGGAAAGCCUGGCAGCUUUCUGGUGCGAGAGAGUCAGAGCAAGCCCGGAGACUUUGUGCUGUCAGUUCUCACUAAUGAGGAGAAACAUGAAAACGUGGACCGCAAGACAAAAGUCACUCAUGUCAUGAUCCGAUACCAGGAUGGGAAGUAUGAUGUGGGAGGAGGGGAGAAAUUUGACACACUGGCAGAUUUGGUGGAGCACUAUAAAAAAAACCCAAUGGUGGAGAAGAGCGGCAUUGUAGUGCACCUUAAACAGCCGUUCAAUGCCACCCGGAUAAAUGCAGCCAACAUUGAGAACAGGGUGCGAGAAUUAAACAAAGUGGCAGACAACUCAGAGAAACCCAAGCAAGGCUUCUGGGAAGAAUUUGAGGUGCUACAGCAGCAGGAAUGUAAACUCCUUUACCCUAGGAAAGAGGGCCAGAGACCAGAGAAUAAGAGCAAAAACAGAUAUAAAAACAUUCUGCCCUUUGAUACCACUCGUGUGGAGAUCAAAGAAGCAGAUCCCGAUGUGCCUGGCUCUGACUACAUCAAUGCCAACUAUAUCAGAAGCGCACAUGAAGAGGGUCGUCAUGGGGAUGAAGGCAAAGUGUUCAUUGCUACUCAGGGUUGCCUGCAGAACACAGUGCAAGACUUCUGGAAAAUGGUCUACCAGGAAAACACUCAUGUUAUCGUCAUGACGACCAAGGAGAUGGAGCGAGGCAGGAAUAAGUGUGUGCGCUACUGGCCAGACAUUGGUACAACAAAGGAGUUUGGGAAAGUGUGUGUGAAGAAUAUUGAGGAGCACACUGCUCAGGACUACAUUCUCAGAGAGCUGGAGGUCACACGUAUGGACCGGAAAGAGCCUUCUAGGUAUAUCUGGCACUUCCAGUACUUGAGCUGGCCUGACCAUGGUGUGCCCAAUGAACCAGGAGGAGUUCUCAACUUCCUGGAGCAAGUCAACAGAACACAGAGUGCCAUUCCAAAUACUGGACCUGUUGUGGUCCACUGCAGUGCAGGGAUAGGAAGAACAGGCACAAUAAUUGUGAUCGACAUCCUUAUUGACAUCAUAAAUAGACAAGGGCUGGACUGUGAUAUUGACAUCCCAAAGACCAUUCAGAGAGUGCGUCAGCAGCGAUCAGGCAUGGUCCAGACUGAAGCUCAAUACAAGUUCAUCUACAUGGCCGUGCAGCAGUACAUUGACACGGCGCAGAAGAGACUGGAGGAGGAGCAGAGGAAUAAGACAAAGGAAAGAGAGUACUCCAAUAUCAAGUACCCUCAGAUGACAAAUGCUAGAGCCAAUCCCAACAUGAGCUCCUCUCGCUCUUCAUCUAUGAUGAACGACGACUCAUCCGGCGUGUAUGAGAACUUAAACAUCAAAAACCCAAAGAGCUCCGCCUGCGCUAACACCAGGAGAUAGGCCAUGUGGGCUGCUGCCUCACACUGUCUCUGUCAGAUAUGCUAUGUGGAAGCACUUGGCUGUGGAUUGGCUCUGGAGCUUGGCAUAGUGGACACCCAUGUGUUGGCCCUGGCCCUGGACUAGCCCCGGCUGGCACUAUGUGGGCCACAGCUCUUCCACUCCUUCCUCACCGACUGACCGACUGACUGACUGACGCUCUGUGGGUGAUGCACUCAUAGUUUAAGUGCCUGAUGUGCAGAGAAAACAGCCAGAGCACACCUGACAUGGUGCUUCUCCCUCCAGUCUGAUGAUAAGCCUGCACAAGACACCACUCAGCUACACAAUCACUUCUACAUGAUGUCUGUUGAACAGGACUUUUAUGCGCUUGACGAUGCAAGCUUCAGCAGGAAAGUUUCCUUCUGUCCACUAUCUAUGCCUGCUGUCUGUUGGAUGUGAUCUACUGUAACCAAAGACCUUUUGUAUAUCUCACUGAAUCUCACUAGCAGCAGUAGUUAGUGCUUCACUAAGUGAUGGACGUAGCCCACUGAAGCAAUGUGGAUCUCAACAGAGGAUCUCAACAAAGGGGCCCACGAGAACAACAAGUAGAGUGGCAACACCUGUGCCGGGCCUCAAGGAUCCGCCUCUUUGGGAAACUAUGUCACGUUGUGUAACUUUUCCGGGCGUUAUUGGUAGCUAACAGCGCUAAACGGGUAGUUUUGAACGAGAUGUGUAUUUUAGGUGUGUGACAGGUGCAAUAUAGAGUACAGCAAGAUUCAUUUGUGCCAAUAAGCAGCCUGCAUUUUGUGCUUUGUUGCAGAUUUAUCUGCUUUUUUGCUGCUUUACAGAAGCUUUGCCCUUUACAGCUCACAGACUGAGUUGAUAUGUAUGGGGUCGCAUGUUACAGCUACUAAUGGGCUCGUUGACCAAUCAGCCUGGGCUCCUCCCAUUAGAACUUAGGCUUUUUCUCCUUCCUGAACAACAGUGGGCGCGCCUUCAGGACUAGAGGUGUUUUUAUUGGUCGUUUUAGUUGUUUUCUAUGUUAUAUCUAUGAUUCCUUCAGAGUUUUCUCUUUUGUGAUAUUUGUGAAUGUGGUUUUAUGAUGUACAGCACAUAAGCAGGUUUUUGCUGAGCUGAUGUUUAAUUUGUUGACCAGACUUAUGAUUUUCAUUUGAUGUUAUUCCGCAAUGUAAAACCUUUUUGAUUGAUAUUCAGAUGGUAUGUGAUUCAUGAUUAGAUAUUCAGGGAUGGCGCUUUACAUUUUCUUACAACUGCAGGUCGAGAUUUGAGAAUAUAGAUGGUAAAUGAAAGUCGUCAUGUUGCUAAAAGUGUCCAAGCAUAGAGGACAAGUCAACAUGUUGGCCCGGGUCAUUGACGUGAACAGCCUUCAGAGCAGACUUAAGCUAAACAGCAACAGGCCAGAUGGCCCUAACCCAAGAUUAAAGAAUAGAUUUGUCUAGGAAAAAAAGCAAUUUGAAAGACGCCUAUAAUCCAGACACGAUGAUUGGAAGAAACCAGCGUCACUGGUGAUGUCAUAAGACAGACGAUCUUGUAUGAUGCCGUGAGUGAAGACGCUUGGACAUAUGCGGUGGUUUCUGCAAGCUUAAAAUAUCACAGGGCAUGAUGGGUCUGUUUAAUCACUGUCUGAGGCCAUGAAUGUGGUUUUACUGAGGAGUGUGGUCAUGAGUGGAAGAACUGAGGAUACGUGCUUUAUUUUGGGUGCGACUGGUUUGAACGGCAUGAUUGUUUUAGUAUUUAUUGCUGAAGAUUCACUCUCAAUUUUUUAGGCCUUGAUCUGACAGAUGUUGCAACACUGAUCCACCUCGCUGUAACAAUUAAGCAGCAAUCUGGAGGUUCCUGUUACUCUCUUUUGGGCUAUCAUUAACCUGUGACUUUGCUGUCCUUUGGAUGACCUCUGAAGUAAAAAAAUUAUGUAACUAAGUAUGUGGGGGUUGUAGCCUGUGGAUGGAGAUUAGUUUCUUGUGCUACUAGUAAGCGAACACAGGAGUAAAAGCAAGAAAUUAUGAUGCAAAGCUCAAGCUUAUUUCCCUGUCAUAUAGCACUGAAUGAAAAAGAGGAGUUGUAUUUAUUGUAUUGUAAUUCUAUUAGGAUGGAUUUAUUAAGGACUGUUUAUCUCCUGUUGAAAUGUGUUUCUUUUCACUUUGCCGCUGUGAAAAUGGCUAAGGGGUCAAUCUUUGGCAAUUUGCUGAAAUACUGAGACUUUUAAUACUUGAAAUUCUGUGUGAACUGCUGAAUCCUAGCUGCACGCGAGUGUCAGAAUGUCCUUUGGUUGUUAAAAAGUACAUGACUUUUGUUUCUGUCAUUUAGAUGUUUUGCCAUCAGUGUUGAAUUUUACACCAUACAUUUUUUUUUCUCGGAUUUAUUUUAAAUUGUAUAUUUCAGAUUUAUGAUAAAGCAUUGACAUAUUCGCUGGUGGCUUUUGUAUUUUGUUUUAGAGUUCUUUGGCAAUUCAUCCUUGAUUAUUAUUAUUAUUAUUAUUAUUAUUAUUAUAAAUACAGUGUCAAUGAUUCUAAGAUAUAUCACAAAUUGUUAUUCUUUUUCAAUUGACUUGAAUAUUAUGUUGAUUUUUUUUUUUUUUAAUCCUUGUUUCUGGUGGAUGAACUAUGCCUGAUCUGAGUAGUGGUGUGCUGAAUGUCCUCGUGUGAAGACCAUUCUCCCUCUUGCACUGGCUCAGCCUAAAAAGCCUUCUGUUCUGGCAAACACAGCUGAUGCGAUGACUGUCUCAAAUGAUAAUAAUAAAAUGAUGAUGAAAUAAAUAGAUAUAGAAUACUUUAGUGUAA